AGUUGCGGGUGGAAUGCAUAAUAAACGAGCAAUUAGAGGUGGAGCAAAAAAAAUGUACGCUUUGUCUUACGACUACAAUUUAGAAUAUGUCGCGGAAUGUUGGGCGAUAAAAUGCCGAAGCAGCCAUGACAAAUGCAGAAGAACUGAAAUGUUCGCAACGGUUGGACAAAAUUCUUUUUCGAUCAUUGGACAAUCAUGCGGAACACAAGUAUUUCUUCAAGCUAUCGAUACAUGGUUUGAUGAAAUAUCCGGAAUAACAUUAGGGUGCGUUUUAGGACACGGUUCUUGCAUGUCCGUGGGACAUUAUACCCAGAUGGUGUGGUCGAAAACGACUCACGUGGGUUGUGCGAGAGUUCAAAUGGAGGCGAAAAUCUGUAACGUUUUUUGCAAUUACGGACCGGCAGGAAAUAAGCAGGGUCAUCCAGUUUAUACGAUAGGACCCCCAGCAAUAGAUUGUAUAGUAAAAGAUCCAAUUUAUAAUCAUCUUUGCGCUAUGAUACCGCUUUCACGGCAUUACCCCAGUAAUGGUAGCAAAAUAUUUAAAAACUUAUCAAACUGUUUUGUACCGUUGCUGUUAUCAAUGUUAAAAAAAUAUUAUAUAUAAGUAGUGUGUAUAUAUUUACAAAAGUCAACCAUAACUAUCUUAAAUAAAUAAAAAAGCGUAGUUUAGUUUACUCAGUUGGAAUGUUGUGAAAUUUAUAUUCCGGGAAUUUCAUAUAACUUGCAAUAUAUG